ACGUGUAGCUGACGGUGGAAUGUCCCUGGAUGGCUUCCACGUUUCCAAAACUGGAAUCGGACAUUUCCAAAUGUGAAACUGUAUUUGGACAAGAUCCGAAGGCAUAAAAGACGAAACAAGCUGAAAUCCCCUUCCACAACGGCUCGCUCGCGCGUCUUCGUCCCUCUCUUCGCCUCCUCCCCCAUCUUGUUUGACGGCUCGUGGUUCGUCUACCCGAUCACUCGCUGGGCGUUUGCACUCGAUCGUUGUUCAAUGGACACCGCCUCUUGUUUGAUCAGUGAGGAGCAUGACAGGAUCUACGGGAAAUGGUUCUCAUUUGUCGACUCAGACAGAGAUGGCCGCAUCACAGAGAACGAUGCCAUAUGCUUUUUUGCCAUGUCUAAUUUACCUCGACGUGUUCUGAAGCAGAUAUGGGCAACUGCAGACUCUAAAAGGAAAGGUUAUCUGGGCUUCAAGGAGUUUGCAACAGCAAUGAAGCUUGUGGCACUAGCACAAGCAGGGAAUGAGAUCACACAAGAUUCACUUGCUCAUGCUGAUUUACAGAAAUUAAAUCCUCCAAUGAUGGGAGGAUUAGAUACCUUACUCAAUUCAGGACCUAAUGAAAGGACCAUUUUUGGGAAUACAAUAGCUCUUCAAACAGAUAUGCCUUUCACUGGCCUCACAAAAUUUGGAACUGAAUUUUUAUCAAAGUUUGAGUGCUCACAAAUGCCACAUUCGCUGCUGGAACGCAUCACAUUUGUCGACACUCCUGGGGUUCUUUCUGGAGAAAAACAACGAAUUCAACGUAGUUAUGAUUUUACCGGUGUUACUUCGUGGUUUGCAGCAAAAUGUGACCUCAUCAUUCUUCUGUUUGAUCCUCAUAAGAUUGACAUAAGUGAUGAGUUCAACAAUGUCAUUAGAUCUCUGCAUGGUCAUGAGGACAAGAUACGUGUGGUUUUAAACAAGGCAGACCAAGUUGACACAGAACAACUUAUUAGAGUUAAUCGUGCAUUGAUAUGGUCACUUGCAAAGGUUCUUCCGAACAGACCUGAGGUGAUGCGCAUUUAUAAUGGUUCAUUCAAUGACAAACCAACAAAUAAUGUGGUUGUUGACCCAAUCUUGAAGAAGGUGUUUGAAAGGGAUCAAAAUGACCUUCUUUCUGAUUUGAGAGAUAUUCCUAACAACGUUUGUGAUCUCAAGAUCCGUGCAUUUGUUAGGAGGGCAAAAGCAGCAAAAGUUCAUGCUUAUAUUAUUAGCCAUCUAAAGAAUAAGAUGCCUAUAAUAUUGGGCAAGGCGACGGCUCAACGACGACUCAUUGAUAAUCUAGAGAAUGAGUUUGCAGAGGUUCGAAGGAAAUACAAUCUUCCACUUGGGGAUUUUCCUGAUGUCCAACGCUUCAAAGAGGCUUUAAGUUGCUACAACAUCGAUGAGUUUAAGAAGCUGAAGCCUAAAUUGAUACGGGCUGUUGAUGUUAUGCUAACAUGUGACAUCCCACAACUAUUAAGAACAUUUGGAAACUCAUAUGAGUCGUAAGGACGACUCGUCCUGAUAUGUAUUAUGAUCUUUAUCAACAAGAGCAAAAGUGUUCUAAAGAUGUUUGAUCACUACUUGUAACUAUUCAUAUCAAAACUAUAAUAUUGUAAUAUUAAUUUUA